AUUUUAGCCAUUGCGAUUUGGGAUAAUACUACGGUGUUUCCAACGGUCACACAGGAUAAAGCAACUUAAAAUAUUAAGCCUAGCAAAUAAGAAAUAUACAACGCAAAGCACGCAGAAAUACAUAAAAUAGCAAUCGAAGUUAACCGACCAAGCCAUGAUAAUGUAAUCAUGAUCGUCCACAGUCAGUUCGGGCAUUGUUUUGUAGACAGCAUCAAGUAUAUUUUUUAAAUUUCACGUGCUAAAUUUACAAGAAAUCCUACCACAAUUGCUAAACGAAUCGACGAGGGCUAGAUAAUCCCAAUCCCAUUCCCCGUACCAACGCGAUGUCCAGGAGAGAAGCCAAUCUGAUGGCCUACGCGACGUUGGAGGAGCAACUGCUAAACCGCUACUCGCCGCUGGAAGGCGACGAGGUUGAUGCGGAGGCUAGCAAAGCUCCAGGCACCGCAUCGGGCGUGGCUGAGGAUCGAGAGUGUCCCACGGAUCUGGCUGCAUCCGGCACUAGAUUCUCAGGGGCGGGAGGAGAUCUGGACCCUGCCGCGGACAGCAUGUUCCACGUGAUCUCCGACGACUCGGAAAUCUGCAGCCUUAUCUCAAGUGGCAGUGGCUUCAAGGGAUGGCCGGAGGAGCACCCGUCUUCCAGUUUCGUCAACCAAAAUGAAGCCUUAAUAUUCGGACUUCGUCGGCAAGUGAUGGUGGCCGAAGAGGCACCUCAAGCCCCGGAAUGGGCCCCCUGCACGCCGGCGAAACGUCCGUGCAGCAGCCACGAGGUCAUCGAGAUCAACGACUCGCCCGAAGCUGUCCAGGAUCCGACCAUUGCACUAAUGCAGACUGUAGUCAGCAGCCCGGCAGGAUUGCUGACCAAUGGCAAUGUUGACCAGUUCGACAUGCUAUCCCACGAGAAUGGUGAGGCUGAACAUGAAAUUCAGGUGGCCGAGGAAGAAGAGCAGUGUGUGAUCUACGAAUCUGUGGAUGAAGAGAACAUGGUCGUCCUAGCGGAAGAACACUGCUGUGAGAUCAUAGUAGCUACCCAGGGUGUUGCAUGCGAGCAAGAGUUCACCAGGGCCAUCCUGAUGUCCGGAAACGGUACCGGACAAUUGCUGGGUUUGCUGCCUGAAGAGAGUGUUGCGAAUGAGCGUCUCAAUGGUACUGCCUACAUCGAGGAGGGCGAGGCACGUUUGGCGGCUGAAAACAAUGUGUACCUUAGUGAUGCAGCCCUAGAACAGCCAUUAGUACAUCAGGAACUGGUCGACGACGAGGCGGCCGAGGAAAACGAGAACGCCACAUUCUUAGACGACACACCGAUGGAGGAAGAACGCCCAGACAUUUGUCAGGUCUAUGAUCACGAACUGGAGGACCACGACGAUGAAGAAUGCGAUGGCGCAGUCAUCCAGGAAGAACCAGACCAGCCUAUCGACAUUAUUGCAUUAGAGGGACGGGAGCGGCCGCAAAAUAAUCUGCAAAGAAAGUUGCCUCGCGAACACAGCAGUCCCACGGAAUUCCCAGUCAGCUCAUCCUCCAUGCCCAACGCCAGUGACCACUACGACUUUGAGGACGAGUUAACCGGCGGCCUCUCUCCAUCCAAAGUGGCGCCGCUAAAGCGCAAGUAUCCGCCGUUGAUGAAAAAUACGCUGCAUGGAGAGGCCAUGGAUCGAAGACUGGCAAGCAUCUGCCAGGCUCAGCCGCAGAUGAGUCCCGCCGAGAAAGUCACCAAUUGGAACACGGCACCCAUGGACGAAUGGGCCGCUGUCGAAGAUGUGGAAAGCUUUGAGGCCGCCUUCAACCAGAAUGAGGCUGUUACGGCAUCUCUCAAGCAGCAUAACUUUCCCGACUUCCGUGAUACACUGGUGCGGAACAUGGAGAAGAUCAGUCGUGACGUCAUGCAAACCUCAGACGAAUCUACUCAAGAGCUAGCCAGCUCCCAGUCGGCGGAGCGUCCUGUGCAUCGUCGCUAUAUGCAUAUGCUGCCCACCGAGGAGACAAUUGUGCUAGAUGACGAUGACGACGAUUGCUACGAGGUAGUGGGAAUGGAAAAAGCCUCUGUCACCACAUUGAUUCCCGAUGAAGAGCUGCAAGUGGAUCCACAACCGGAGGAAGACGAGGUGGAGCUACCCGCUGUCGAUGACUUAAAUUAUACGGACUCCCAAAACAUUGAGCAGCGAAACCUUACUAAGGAAACCUCAACAGCAGACCUGGAAAGUAGCGCAGUUAUUCCAACGGCAUGUUCGUUCGCUGCGAAUCUGGACUUGGUUGCAUCCGUUUCCCAUCCUCAACCUCGUCCAUCUGCUCCAGAAGAUAUUGCUAAUUUUAUGCAGCCGAAGUUGAGCGAGCAUGGGCCCUCAGAGGACCAGCAAUUUACUAACGCUGUUUUAGAUGUUAUGUGUCAGCAGGUACAAACAAUACAGCAGCAGCAGUUUAUAGAGCAAAAGAUGAAGCUACAGCCACAGAUGCAUCGCUACCAGCAACUGCCACAGGCUCCCCAAGGAAUCCAGGCGCCUUACGUCAACUGUCCGAAUGAUAGUAUGUUCUACGAGCAGCAGGAAUUCUGCAACUAUCUGGGUCUCACUGAACUGGCAACAGCAAACGCUGUGGCUACCGCAAUGAAGGAGCUUGCCAACAGCACUGUAGCUCGCCGAUCACUGCGGGUGAGACCACAACAGCAACUGGAUAGGAUGCGUAGUGAUGUGCGUGGUAAGCGUCGCGAAAGGGAACGAGAUAGGCAGCAGGAUAAGGACAAGAAAGUACCACUGACCACCAGUAGUGAGCUAAGCACCGAUAAGGAAGAACCCUCCCCACCUCAGACCUCAGAAUCCGUUUCAAGGAUGGCGGGCGUUGAGGACCUCACCUUCAACUCCAAAUUGCCCGCAGAGCACAGACGCAAGCUGAAUCACUUUUACGACUCAUAUUUUGCGGAAGACGAAGAAUGCUCAACGAAGAAGUCGCCCAAAACCACCAACCUUUUAGCCACUUCCAAACCUUCAAAGGAUGGAGAGACGUGUCCGUCCCUCAAAGAACAGGAGCCGCAAUAUCAUAGAUCCGUCAUGGAUGGCAACGGCUACAAGAAACAUGAGAUAGACAAGGAGUCUGAGAAGGGUCGGGCUCAGUCCGUUGAGGCGGCUUUUACCAAGAUCUUUGAGGCUGCCGCACCUGCACAGUCCAAGCUGCUGGAGAGCAUGCAACAACGACUGCGCCAGGCGCGUGAGACCAAGCCAUCGAUUUAUAUUAUCAAGGCUACAAGCAAUGCCUCGCCUCCAAAUCCAUCGCCUAGCAGGCAGGAGUCUCGCAUGUCACCAGCGCGCUUACACUUACUCAGCGGCUUUGGUGACGUAAGCGCACCGCGUCCAUCACUCAUUUCCCAGCCAGCAAAGAAAAGUCUUAAGGACUCUCGGUCACCUGUCCCCUUACCAGCUGAUGCAGCCAAAAGACCAAAGCAUAGGAAAACCCAUGGAGCCACCAAACCUGCUGCCGCCACACAACGGCGCCGCACUACCGUGGGAGCUACCAGCCCCGGAAAAGAAACUCGCGUACGCGAUUUGGUUACACGCUCCACCACGCAUCUUAAUUCGAAGCUACUUCGGAACCGCAAGGUCAGUCUGCUCAAGAGCUACGCUCUAUCGGAUGAAAUGGCUCAGGGACGAUCCAAGCGCAUUCCUGGCGGCGCAGCGCAAACCACCAAAAAGGUUCAAAUGACCAAGGCUGUUCGGGCGGCGUUAAAGAAGCCGGAACCGGCAGAUAGAAGUCUUCCUGAGCAGCAUCGCUUGCAGCAGCAGCAAUUGGCUCCGCAAAACACUCCACGAAAGAUGAAAGGUGUCAAGGAGAAUGCAAAUAUCACUACAAGUGCAACGAAGUCUAGUCGCCCGACCAAGCGGACCAAGCGAGUACGAGCCAAGUCUCUGCCCACGAAUAUUGAAACGGUGACUGAACCGGUGACAGCCGUUCCUAAUGCCACUGUUUUGAGGCUCGAUAAUUUGCCACCAGAAGUUCCCAACGCCUUUGUGGCUACACACAACCAUCUGGCCAACUCCGCUGCCAAAGAAGCUGCAGAUAAGACCAUCGUUCAUUCCCCGUCCGUCGCACAAUCGGCUUAUGCACAGCCCGUGCUUAUUUACCCGCCAUCCCCUACAACACCGCCACCAAAUACGGAGCUACACCGCCCUCGCCAGCAAGCCGGAAAAGUCAAUCAUGCUGACCUAGUCCUGGCCACUCCCCCUGGCGGCCUGCUGCGUCUAAGUCAGGGAUCCUCGACGCUAGCAAAUCCACUUUCCGCCAAGCACGGUCAGGUUCUCUAUAUGUACUACGAGCUAGAACAGCUCAUCGUGGUGCAGGAGAAUUGCAUUACCUUCUGGAAGUACUCCAAAGUGUUCAACGUCCUGCAUCAGCCACGAUAUAAUCCCUCCUUUGAUGGCGUCAAAAAAUCGCCCUCACCGCAGCUGCCUCAACCGCAUCCGCGCGAACCCAAAGACGCAGAGCAGGAGCUGGAUGUUGGACCGCGAUGGGUUUACCUCGGAAGAGUGCGGCGCCUAACUAUCGAGAAAGAGAUCUUCACGCCGUUUGGCAGCCGCAUUUGCGUGCACAAUUCUACGCCGGUGUACCUUGAAAUGCGGAGCAGGCCGCUGGACCAUCACAAGAGGGAGGUGAAGCUUACCUCCCUACAUGUGAAUGUGUACUACUUCUGCGAGGAAGAAUUACGGCCCCGUAUGCACUCUGUGCACUUGGAUGCUGUUAAUUGCGAGUGGCCGCAUGUCAUAUACACAACUAUAGCGGAUUCGCGUUACUUUGUUAUGGCAUGUCAGCAGGAACUGGUGAUGGGCAAGCCGCGUUCGGGCAUCUGCAAGUAUUCACUGACGCCCACGCUGGAUACGCUGGCCUCCAUACGGGAGUUUAAGCAGUUGCGCCACGAGCUGCGUCACAUUGAGUGCCUUUCAGAGGAUCGCCUUAUUGGUUACGGACAGACGCGUAUCACCGUCUGGGAUCACCGCAGCGGGGACAUUCUGAUGAACUACGACUUGGGCCGCCCUCUGGGCCGCUGCCUGGCUGCUAUGCACUAUCCUAGCCUCGACAUGGACCAAAGCAGCAUGCUGGUGCUUUACCAGCUUCUUAAAGAAGCAAACAAGCCGGCUGAGGUGCAUGUGAUCGCCUGUGAGCUGUCCCAUGCCACGCCCUCGCACCGCCUUCUGCAGGUACACCGCUUACCUUCGCCGCAAUUUGACGAUACUACAGAGGGAGUUAACACCGGGGAUCACCUGAUCAUCAGGUCUGCAUCGAACGACGAAGCCUGGAUAAGUGCCGCCGAUCCAAGACAGCUCACCUAUUUGGCGCCGCAAAUCAAUGGAGCGCAGCGUUUCUAUGCCCGCCACAAGUCCCAGGUGAUCGAGAUGUCACCGCAAUCCCUAACUGUAGAUAGCAUCGCCAAUCACAUGCUAAAAUUGGCAGUCCAGCAGACCCACUCGUCGUAGGCAUGUGUCGAAAACUGUGGAGAAUCUCGACCGUGAACAGUUUUUGUUUAAUUUUUUUACCACAUCCCUUGUUGAAAAUCACCCAGAAUACCCGAUCUAUAAAUGUGCUUCUGGCUGUCAGCCCAAAUAUAGUUCAAAUAUACGAAACUAUAAUAAGUUGCGUGUUAUACCCCAUAGUCCUAACAAUCAUCAUCAUCUAAUAAUAUCAACAUUUCGCCUUAGUCUUUAGUAAGUCGAAGAAUAGCCUUUUUUAUGCGCUAUUUUGGAAUAAGUGUUUUUGUUUCUUUCGUUCUUUUU